AAAUGACACAAUAUUUACCGCCGAAUUUGCUGGCGUUAUUUGCCGCACGGGACCCUAUUCCGUACAUGCCGCCGGUGGACAAAUUGCCCCAUGAAAAGAAAUCCAGAGGUUACUUGGGAGUAGGUAAUUUUUUAAAUGAUUUUGAAGAUCCGAAAGACACGCCUCCACCAAAGAAAAUGGAAACCCGACAGGAGAGGCUGGAGAGACGGAGGCGAGAAAAAGCCGAACAGGUAGCGUAUAAGUUGGAACGUGAAAUAGCAUUAUGGGACCCUCAAGAAAUAAAGAACGCCACAGAGGAUCCAUUUAAAACACUUUUUGUGGCACGUAUAAACUAUGACACCUCAGAGUCGAAAUUGAGAAGAGAAUUUGAGAUAUAUGGUCCAAUCAAGAAAAUCGUCAUGAUCCAUGACCAAGAUACUGGUAAGCCAAAAGGUUACGCUUUCAUCGAAUACGAACAUGAACGUGAUAUGCACGCUGCGUACAAACAUGCUGAUGGUAAAAAGAUUGAUAGUAAACGUGUGCUCGUUGACGUUGAAAGAGCACGUACAGUCAAAGGAUGGUUGCCUCGUCGGUUAGGUGGAGGUCUCGGUGGCACUCGACGUGGUGGUAACGACGUCAAUAUCAAACAUUCAGGUCGAGAAGACAAUGAACGAGAACGUGAGCGCUAUAGAUUAGAACGUGAACGUGAAGAUCGCGAGAAUGCCCGCGUCGCAGAAAGAGGUCGAUUUGGCGAUGGCAUACGUCGGAGAUCAAGAUCUCGUGAUCGUAUCAGAGAAAGAGAACGCGAGCGUACGCGCCGUUCCCGUAGUCGUUCCAGGGAGCGUAAGAAGCGUCGUGGAAGUCGCGACCGUGACUAUGAUGAGUACGAAAGACGUGAUAGGCGCGACAAAGACAGGGAAAGAGACCGCAAAAAGAAACGUUCAAAGUCGAGAGAGCGCGAGUCAUCACGCGAACGACGCGAAAGAAAACGGGAGAGGCGUGACAAAGAUAGGGAUCGCCGAGACUCUAAAGAACGAAAGCCUGACUUCCGAGACAUGGACGUUAUUAAAAUUAAAGAAGAACCUAUUGAUGACGGUUAUCCAACAUACCCCAUGUAUCCAUCAGCACCCAUUAAGCGGGAAUCAGACGAAGACGAAGAAAAAUUCCGGCCUCAGCACGACAUGUUUAGUGUACCACCUCCACCAAUACCAGGACGCGGAGUUGGCCCCGAAAACGGCCAGAAUACUGCUGAUCCACAACAACACUGGUGGCGAUAAA